AUGGAGUUGCUGAAAAAGUACAUAGAGGCAGACCCUUACAGUGCCGUCUUUGGGCGCCGAUUGGACCCGUUUCAGAAUUUCGAUAAGAACGAAACUUCAUUAAAUGGUUUCCUUCAGUCACUUACCAGUUUAAAAAAGCCACGCAAUGCUGGGCCGGGAGUAGACAAGCGGCAAACGAGAAGUGACGCCAAUCAUGCUGGAUUGCAGUACGACCCUAUUAGUGGACGCAUGGCGCCGGUACCACUGCCCGAUGUACUUGAAUCCGGCAAGCCGGAAGCAGAAAUCAACUCUCACAAAGUGGUUGACUGCCCCCCAGGUACUGAAGUCGACGCAAAAUUCGCUCACUGCCCAAGUUUGGCCGAGGAUGGACAGUUCCAGCCCGGAAACACGGAACUAAGUCCCAAAGCCCUGUCAAGUGCACAGUCAGCCAUUGACUGCCCUCCAGGCACUGAGCUAAAUGCACACUUUACCUCGACCCCUACCUCCCAGGAUGCACAGGACAGGCUUCAAGUCCCUCAGGAAACCAAACGAAAGCCCUCUGUAAAGACCGAUUGCCCUUCUGGAUCUGCAAACUCUCAGCCGGACACAUUCAUGGUCAACAGAAACACCAACAGACUAAAUCUGGAUGCCGGGUUGACUGCGGGCACUAAUGUGGAAUGCUCCCCGGGAAGUGAGCUGGAGGCCAAAUUCGUCUGUGAUUCUCCUAGUGGCCCUGUCAAGAGUUCUCCGUCUGGGUUGGAGACACAACCUCCGAGCAAACAAGCCGGUAUUUCAAUCGAUUGCCCACCAGGCAACGAGGUGGAUGCAAAGCUUUCUUCUGAUCUCCGUAGUCUCAAAUCUGAGCCUGACAGUCCUGUUCGUCAAACGACUGACACCGCCACUAUGACAGGCGCUCAAGAAAGCUUUGAGUGCUCUCCAGGCAGUGAGAUUGAAGCCCAUAUUUUAUCAGAGUCAGCCAGCCAGGACGUUGCCCAACCGGAAUCCCAGACCUCUGUUAAUUGUCCUCCUGGGAGCGAGCUAGAGGCCAGUUUUAUAUGCAACGCAACUUCAACAGAGGAAAAUCAAUUACGGCAAGAAGUACCUACUGGUCUUGAUACAUCUAGGAUAACCAACAAUGUUGUCGAUUGCACACCGGGGAAUGAAUUAGAGGCAAAAUUCAUUUCUGAGAUGGCGAAUUCUCAGGGUCCCAAUGAGUAUGAGGACCUGAGCGCCCUGGAUGCUAGUGAAAUUCGCUCUCGUUAUGCCUCUUUGGAACCGAAGGCGCAAGCCAAUCCGCUGGAUUUCGAUGCUUCCGAAGACCGUGUUGGUGACUUCAUUCUCGAAAGCCAGAACCUAGCCACUGAAAAAGGAGAGCAACCAGCAGCCUCCCAAACCCCUUCCCCUAAAUUCCACAUUCUGGCUCUUGAUACGUCGACGUCGCAAGUCUCAGUUGCACACACAGACUCAUUCUUCGGUGUCGAUGAAGAUAGUCGUCCAAGUGAAAUUCUGUCUCGACUGCAUAACCCUGCCAAAUUCCUGCCCUAUUUCGAGAAGAUGCAAGAAGAUGGUUAUGAAAUUGCAACAGGUGGAGGCAACAUUCUUGUCUUCCGAAAGACCCAAAGCACCCCUCGUCAUAUCCUCUCAAAUACUGCAAGAAACGAAGAACCAAAAAUUCACGCCGAAAUUGCCCAACAUCUCCGCCACGACUCAAUGGACUCCGCUACCACAUACGCUGGAGCCCCCCGGCAAUCCACCAGUGAGCCUCCUUCAGCAGCCGAAUCCUUUAGUCCCGAUCCCGAACCAACCACAAAAUCCGAGUCUUCGUUUCGCAAAACAGGCCGCAGAAUGCUCAUCGCAGGCACAGCCACCGCAGGAACGUGUUACGCCAUCGGGGUCAUGACCGAGUUCUUCCGCACCGGCGGAAGUGAUGGGCGGGGAAUUGAUGGAUUCACUGUGUUUGAGUCAGAUCGACGUCGCCGAGAGUAG